CCGCCUGUUUUGACUUGAUGCGCCUCUUCGAUAUGAUUUGUCCUAGUUCUGUAAAGUCAUCAGUCAUUUAGGUCCUUAAUAUAUGGAUGAUUUGGAGGAGGAUCCCGAUCUUCUAAACGAAGAGACAUUCGACUGUGCAGAGAUAGGUGACUGGGAGAACGAACAUGAUCAAUUUGUGCAGAAUUUUCAUAAAGUUUCCGAAGAAUCUCCAGCUGCUGAUGAACUACCAAAGUUCUGGAAUGACACUGGUGGUCUUUCGUUCUUAUGGCAAACGGAUGACCUCGGUUGUGGUGUGACUGUGGAUGAUGGGGGCGAAAAAGUUGUCGAUGUUGAGGAAACACUUCAAAAGCUAGUAUUAGAUGAGACCUUUGAGGAUCCUGCUAUCCUAGAUAUAUCCAGAAAGGUUUCUUACCAACAGCUCAACGAAGAUUCAUUUCAGCAUCUGAGAAACGCACCUGCAUAUCCGACCGCUCCUACUGACAUAUUUGAUAGGACUCGUGACAUCUGGAGCAUUGAUGGUAGUCAUGAGAUUGGAUAUGGAAGUGGCAAGACUAGCACAGCGUCCGAUUGUAAUAUGAAGUCGAAAAACGUAAUCGAUAUACUCCGUUCAUUAAAUGUUUACCCUCCACCAUCUGUCAAGACUGUAUCUAUACCACCAGAAGCUUCUACAGAAAAUUACUUGUCACGUAAGGUAGCUACAGAAUCACAAACAAGGGAAGUCGGUACUGAAUUAUUCUCCAAAGCUUCUCAAUCUUCAAGAAACCUCCAAAAUAUUGUACCAGUUAGUCAGCACAAAUUGUAUCCUAGUCCUGUGUUUUCUUCUGGUCAGUCACAAGCAGUUCAAAAUUCUCUAUCUGUUCAUCAGAAUGGAAUACAUGCCAAUCAUUUACGCGCUAACCCCUUUUCAUUGGAUAUUUUGAGGGGACAGUUUCCCACUGAUGCCAAUGUUUUCUCCACGUUACCGGCAAUGCAGUCUGUAUUUAAAAAUCUACAUCCCCCAAAGUUGGAUUACUCACAAAUUCAUGAAUAUCAUCGAACAUACUUAAAGGCUGCUUCCAUAUUCUAUCCUCAUUUACGUGAAAUUAUAUAUCAAUUGAAACAUAUUAACGAUUUCUUGAAGUUAUGCUUUCCUGAAGCAUUAAAGAUGAAUUAUGAUUCACAGUUAACUAUUCCUAUAACUGAUAAUUUGAAAUCUCUUUUAUCGUGUAAACUUGGCUUAUCUUUGAUUUUUUGUUUGCUUGACGCAUGUGCUCGUGCCUCCAACCCCACUGAUCCGUCAGAUUUUAUUCGAUUUGGAGCGUAUUUCAGUUAUGCCAAUUCAUUUAUUGAUCGUACUUGCAUUAAUAAUACCACUAAUGAAUGCGAUUAUGUUAUGGAGUCAUUUCCACAUUUAGCUUCAAUUCUAUUGUUGUAUAUUAAACCAUCGAAAUAUGCAACCAAAACUAUUAAAACACCAAAUAAUGAUAUUACUAAAUAUACUACUAUUACUACUGCUAAUAAUAAUAAUGAUAAUAACAAUAUGGAUGUGAAUCAGCAACUAUCAACUGGAAUCAUUGAUUCAGCUACUGCUAACUAUGCUUCGGUUUCAUCGCUAUCAUCGUCAAGUUUGACACAAUGCUGUGCUACAGUGAGUGAUUCACAUAACUCUGCCGUAAAUAGUCAUCAUCAUGCUACUCAACAACAUCUUACUAUGGACAAUUCAGUACAGACUCCGAAUUCACAGAAUUCUGAAAAUGUUUUGUCAAAUAUUACGAAAAAUCCCGAUGAUCUAUCUGCGUCAGUAGUUGUUGAAUUUAGUAUGCAGGAGAAAGAGGAAAAUGCAAAAAUCCGUUUUAUUUUCAAAGAAUUUUCUCCUCUUUUUAUGCUUAAUUUUGUCUGAAUUCAAUGUUGAUCAUUUCUAAAUCUACUUGGGAUUUCUGUAACUAGUGAAUCGACCUGUCUAUACAAUAAUCAUAUUCUACUAUCAUGUGAAAUAUAACUCUUCACUGUUAGGUUGGGAAAUAUAAUGGAUUUUACAGAUUUUCCUUCUUGUUUAAUAUCCCCUCGUCAAUGCAUGCUGUAUCUCCGAAAAAGACCUACAAGAUCCUUGUAUAUUGGUCUGCUUGAACUUACUUAAUCAAUAUAGGAAACCGGAACUAUUUACACUUCGUGUAUCUGGAGACCUGGUUUUCACCGCUCAUGACUUCUCUGGUGUAUAACACUAAGUUCAAAAGAGAAACAGGCUCUCCUGAACUGAAUUCUAAUAGACAGUCGCCUAUGUGUUGUCCGACUAAAUGGGAACACUGAAUGACAAUAGUACAAACCGUUUUCUUUUUUAUUUGUGCCUGCAUUUCCACUGACUGCGAUUCUGGUGAAAUAAAGGAUGAGUUAUAUAGAAAGCUUUAUACACUCCUAAAAAAAGCCAAACGCUCGUAUGUCGUAAUCGUAGCACGAGACUUAAACACCAAAGUAGGCAAUUUAAACCAAAGUGAAAGACACGUAGGUGGGUCUUACAGGCUCCGAACAUAAUAAGG